AUGGAGUCCGAGCCGGAGGCUAAGCUGUGGUGCGACCAGGUCAACCCGGCCAACAAGGCGGCGCUGGAGGCCUGGCUGCGGGAGACGGGGAUCCGGCUGGUGCAGGUGAACGGCCAGAGGAAGUACGGCGGGCCUCCCCCAGGCUGGGUGGGCGGCCCGCCGGCCCCGGGGUCGGAGGUGUUCAUCGGGCGGCUGCCGCAGGACGUGUACGAGCACCAGCUGAUCCCGCUGUUCGGGCGGGUGGGCCGCCUCUACGAGUUCCGCCUGAUGAUGACCUUCAGCGGGCUCAACCGGGGCUUCGCCUACGCGCGCUACAGCUCCCGGCGCGGGGCGCAGGCGGCCAUCGCGGCCCUGCACAACCACCCGCUGCGGCCCGCCUGCCCGCUGCUCGUCUGCCGCAGCACCGAGAAGUGCGAGCUGUGCCUCGACGGGCUGCCCAGCGCCCUGCCCCGCCGGGCCCUGCUCCGGGCCCUGCACCCGCUGGCCGGGGCCCUCACCGGCGCCGCCCUCCUGCCCAGCCCCCUCAGGCCCCCCGACAACAUCGCCCUGCUCCGCUUCUCCUCCCACCGCGCCGCCGCCAUGGCCAAGAAGCUCCUCGUCGAAGGGCACCUGUGGCUGGGUGGAGAGCAGGUGACCGUGGACUGGCUGAAGCCGGAGCUGAAACAGCAACUGCGCUUACAGGGCGCCGGGGAGCCCAGCAGUCCUCCCCCGAGCCCGGCCCCAUGGGCAGGGCCUGAGGACGGGGGGCCCCCGGCCUGUGCCCUGGCAGCUCUGCACGGGCUGUGCCAGCGCCAGCAGCUGGGCGCCCCUGUGUUCCUCACCAAGUGCCUGGGGUCAAGCCUCACGGGCUGGUACUACUUCUGGUACCAGGUGGUCAUCCCUGGCCACGCCGUGCCCUUCAGCGGGCUGAUGUGGGUGGCAGUGGACCACGGCGGGCAGAACGAGCACGAGGCCGCCAAGGAGGCGGUGGCUUUGCGCCUGCUGGACGUUCUAGGGGGUCCAAAAGCGUGGAUGGCACCCGAAACCUCACCUCCAGGUUCCGCCGGGGACUUGGUUUGGGCCCGGGCGGCAGCGAGGUGAGAGGGUGAAAGUUGGGAGGCAGGGGCUUUUCCCCUCCUCCCCGCAGGGUGAAGGAGCCCGCGCCAAGAGGGACGGGGCGAUGGAGCCGCCACGGAGCUGGAACCGGCCGCCUUCCUCCCCCUGGCCCGCCUCCCGCUCCCCCUGCACCUGUUUCCUUCUGGUUUGUUGGUUUACUCCGGGGCAGAUGUUCUCUCCGCCCCCGUUCCGUUGGGUAUGGGCCCGGGGCCUAAGGCUGUGUGGGCUGAUUGCCUCUUGCUUGUAUUUAUUAAAGCAUUUCGUUCCUGUCCCGAA